AUAUAAAAUAAUUGUGAUUAAAAUAAAGAUAAAACCCCAUUUCAAAAAAUAAUAAUAACAAUAUUAUUUAUAAAAGAUAAAACCCUACUACCGGUAUUUUUGAAAGAGAGAUAGAUAGAGGCACAAAAAGUGGGGGCAGAAUUAACUGGGGUUGGAAAUGGGGGAGAGAAUGAAGACAACAACACACACAAAAGUGCCAAUAAAUAAUAAUAUUAAAAUAAAAAUGAGUGGACAGAUUGCCCAAAAUUAUUUUUAAUCAUAAUUUUCAUUAUAUAUAUACAGUCUGUAGAAAGAAAUUAAAAAAAAAAAAUAAUUAAGAGAAGUGGUUCCGUGCCCCUAAGGAAGAACCUUUCGCCUAUUCUUUCUUUCUUUCUUUCUCUAUACCUUUCUUUCUCUCUCUCACACACACACUCCAUCACCACCAGUUGACGCCUGGACUCUUCCCUCGAUUUGAUCGUUCCUCUCUCUCUCUCUCUCUUAACUCUAUUUCUUAUUCUUUGCCAGUAAUGGCAGUACCUCAGCUGUUGCAGUGCAAGAAAAGAGGGAGAGAGUUUUCAUCGGGAAGCUGAAAAGCCUGCUAGGUGGAACUUGUGUAGCUUAAAAUCCGGGAGAGCCCCCUGGAAGAAGAGAAAGGGAUCAGCUCUCUCUAUACUCAUUAUUCACACCCUGCUUCUGCUUCUGCUUCUGCUUCUUUAAGAGCAAAAAGGACUUGUCUCUCUUAAGAGUGAAUAAAGUGAGUUGUAGUGAAACUUAGCAACUUUUAAGGAUAAAAUAAGAGAGAGAGAGAGAUAAUGGAAGGUGGUUCUAAUGGCACUUCUUGCAUGAUGGGUUAUGGAGAAAACAGUAAUGGAAUAUGUCCAAUGAUGAUGAUGAUGCCUAUAAUGACUUCCCAUCAUGGUCAGCAUCAUCAUAAUCAUCCUAAUAAUAAUCCUAAUGCAAACACAAACAAUACCCCAAUAUUUCUUCCUCUACCAUCCCUAAACAAUCAAGAUCAUCGAAACCGUAAUAGUAAUAGUAGCGGCUCAUCUUCUUUUAUGGUCGAAGAUUCUCACCAAAACAACAACAACAACAACAACAAUACUAAUAAUAUCCCUACACCUGGGUGUUAUUUCAUGGCCGAUCACAACACCAACACCACCACCACCAACAACAACAACAACGACUCCAUCAAUAAUAUCUCUUCUUUCAAGGCUAAGAUCAUGGCUCAUCCUCACUACCCACGUCUCUUGGCUGCUUAUGUCAAUUGUCAAAAGGUUGGAGCACCGGUUGAGGUGGUUGGAAGACUUGAAGAAGCUUGCUCAUCAGCAGCUGCAAUGGGCCAAAUGAGCAGUAGUACUGGCUGCCUAGGUGAAGAUCCAGCUUUGGAUCAGUUCAUGGAGGCUUACUGUGAGAUGUUGACCAAGUAUGAGCAAGAGCUUUCAAAACCCUUUAAGGAAGCCAUGCUUUUUCUUCAAAGGGUCGAGUGUCAAUUCAAAGCUCUCUCCCUCUCUACGGAUUCUGGUUGUCGAGAUGGAAAUGUGGAUCAGAAUAAUGGGUCUUCAGAAGAAGAUAUUGAUGUGAACAACAACUUCAUAGAUCCACAAGCAGAAGAUCGAGAGCUGAAAGGUCAACUUUUACGCAAAUACAGUGGAUAUUUAGGGAGUCUGAAACAAGAGUUCAUGAAGAAAAGGAAGAAAGGGAAGUUGCCUAAAGAAGCCAGGCAACAAUUGCUUGAUUGGUGGAGUAGGCAUUACAAAUGGCCUUAUCCAUCCGAGUCACAGAAGCUUGCCCUGGCAGAGUCAACAGGUCUUGAUCAGAAGCAAAUAAACAAUUGGUUCAUAAACCAAAGGAAGAGGCACUGGAAACCUUCGGAAGAUAUGCAGUUUGUGGUUAUGGAUGCAGCCCAUCCUCAUCACUUUUACAUGGACAAUGUUUUGGCCAACAACCAUUUCCCUAUGGACAUUUCUCCCUCUCUUCUCUAAAUUAUAAUUAUUAAUAUUAUUAGUACUAGUACUAUAGCUAUAUGCAUUGACUUAACUAAAACUACUCUUGUUAUCUUUGUACUGAUCAUGAGUUAAUCAAUCCCCAACAAUAUAUAUUAUAUAUGUAUUAUAUGCAUUUUGUAUGCAUGCUUAUAAAA